AUACUCAACGCGCAAGACGAUAGCCACCUUCUCACAAGGUAUAUAUGACAGGCACUCAGUAACUUUGGCUCCCUCACCUGUACAGACUACCCAUGGCACAGCAACAAUGACACUCAUCAAGACCCUCGUACUCGGCCUCGCCUGUGCCAAUACGGCCAGCGCAUGGGGAGUCCUCGGCCACGCGACAGUUGCCUACGUCGCCCAAAACUACGUCGACUCGGCGACGGCCACUUGGGCACAAGGUCUCCUCGGCGACACCUCUGACUCCUUUCUCGCCAAGAUCGCCUCAUGGGCGGACACCUACCGCACCACCACAGCCGGCAAAUGGUCUGCGCCGCUGCACUUCAUCGACGCAGAAGACAGCCCCCCGACCAGCUGCAACAUCGACUACGACCGGGACUGUGGUUCGACGGGCUGCUCCAUCUCCGCCGUGGCCAACUACACCUCGCGCAUCAAGAACAGCAAGUUGUCCAAGACCGAUCGCGCAGAGGCGCUCAAGUUCCUGACGCACUUCAUCGGGGACAUCACCCAGCCCUUGCACGACGAGGCGCUGGAGCGUGGGGGCAACGACAUCACCGUCACCUUUGACGGCUACUCGACCGACAACCUGCACGCAAUCUGGGACACCUACAUCCCGCAGAAGGACGUCGGCGGCUCCGCCCUCACCGACGCGCAGACCUGGUCCCGCGAGCUCAUCUCCGCCAUCGACUCGGGCACAUACGCCAGCACCAAAAAGUCCUGGAUCUCCGGAGACGACAUCGCCGAUCCCGUCACGACGGCCACGCGCUGGGCCGCGGACGCCAACGCCCUCGUCUGCUCCGUCGUCAUGCCCAAGGGUGUCGGGGCCCUUCAGAAGGGCGAUCUCUACCCGGACUACUACAACAGCGUGUUGCCCACCAUCGAGAUGCAGAUUGCCAAGGCUGGUUACCGCUUGGCGAACUGGCUGAAUAAAUUGCAUGCUGCUUCAGUGUCUAAGAGUAAGAGGACCGAGAGGGAUGAGGUCGAGGAACGUGUGGCGCUCGAGUUGGACGGGAGGGAGUUCCUACCUGCUCCAAGGCCUUUGAGCCAUGCCAAGAAGAUCAGGGAGCUUCAUGGGUAUGAUUGUGGCCAUGACCAUCACUAGUCACUAGGCAGAGUGGUGUGUUGUGAUUGGUGAUCGUGGGGAUGUGACAAGCGAGGCGCAAAGGGAGUUACUGGUCUGGUUGUGCUGUGAUGUAGCUGAGUAGUGGCUGAGUGGAUCUGUAUGAUGACCCGUCUGACACAUUACGCAACCGUUCAUUAUUCAGAUUAGCUAGCGGAUGCCUGAAUAUUCCGGGAUACUACAACGGGCGUUCCGCCUUGGUCCACGAUA